CAAAAGAACAAGAAACACGUUGAAGCGUCGUUGCGAGAGAAAACGCCGCCAAACGACACCGGAUCAAGCAGAACGCGGCCAUUUUGUCAUUUACGUUUUGUGUCGAGGGGCGUCUGGUGUGACUCCAAUCGUUCUUGCUGUUCAAAGUUCGAUCUUGCACUGUUCGGCUUCGAAAUUUUGGGGCUUUUCCUUUUCCAACUCUGUAGAGCAUAAAGAAAUAGACCCAAAGCAGAAGCUUUCGAUUUUGGAGCAGGAUUUCAGUUUGGUCUUGGGACCAGUAUUGGAAAAUUCAAAAAAUGGACGUGGAAGGAGUUGAUUUUGGUUCCCAUGGGAUUAUUUAUGUUACACAGGAAAAAGAAAAACCCACUGUAACCGAAUGGACAAACUCAGCCACUGAACUACUGUUGAAAAUCUUGAAGAAGCAUUACCAAACGCACUCAAACGAUGGAAAAUUCGGUUCUAAACGUCUUCUAUAUGAAAACUGCAGCAUUGCCAUGAAGAAAAAAGGGCUAAGGUAUACAGCACCGCAAUGCGAGAACAAAUGGAAAUCCUUGAAGAGAAGAUUCUUGACUAAUAAACGCUCUGCUACAGGAAAAGGAAAAAGAAGAAUUCCCAGGAAACAAAUGUUUGACGAUGAAAUUGAAUUCCUAUUACAAUAUGUUCAUCCACAGUUUAAAAAGGAGCCUGAGGAUGGCAAUUCGACUGGAGGCUUUGACGAAGAGAUGGAUCAAGAUGAAGAAAAUCAUGAAGAAAAUGAAAUGGAUGAACCGAAAUAUACACAAACCGAUGAGGAAUUUGUUCAAAGGAUGCUCAAAGGUUCUGAUGACGAGGACCAGAAAGACAAUGUGUUGGCUGAAAAUAUUCAUUAUGUCGUGUCUCCACAGCCAAAGCUUGAGGCCUCAUCUGUUGAAACUCCCAAAGUUGACAAUUUGAUUGUAAAUGAAGUUAAAGAGUUAACUAAUGUAAUGAGAAACAGCAUGACAGCUAACACUGAUUUGUUGAAAAGUCAUGGUGCCUCCUACGAACAGAUUCUGGUUUGUAUGGAUAGUUUGGACAGAAAGGCAGAUGAAAGGAUCGAAAUUGAAAAGAAAAUGUUGGAACAAAAGAAAAUUCAGAAUACCUUGUUGGCCAAAAUUGUGCAGAGGCUAUCCGCCAACAAUGGUUCUUUCAAUUAGGAUUAGCAUUAUUAUGUAUAAAAAUUAUUUUAUUUUUGUCUUUUUUUGACUGCUUCUAAACCUAGGACCGAUUCUAAUUUAGUUUUAAUCAAUAUAAAAUAUAUAUAUGUCUUUUGAAUUUGAUUUAAUAAAGUAAAAAAUGCAGAAAAAAAAAGGAUUUUAUUUAUUUUGUCCUAAAAAAGAAUGUACAACUUAAAAAAUAAUUUCUAAAAAAUAAAUAAUACUCUGUCAAGAUUUUUCAAAUUAAAACUAAACUAUUUUUUCCCAAGAAAGAUUUUUGACACUCAACUUAGGGACGCUUAUUGGUCGCAAGAUGCCAUUUGCACGACGUGCAUUGUAAAACUGAUUCCAACCUGCAGGGACACGGCAUUCUGCGACCAAUCAUUGUUUAUGUUUCAAAGUUUUCAAUGCGAAAAUCCAUCUUGAGAAAAAAUACAAAUAUAAUGGCAACCAGAUUUAAAACAAUGUGUUCCUUACAUUUUAAUAACUGUAUGAGGCAAAUUAUGUAAUAAAUUUUAAUUUCACUUAUGCAAUAUUUCAUUUUAUACUUAAAUUCAAAAGUUGAUAAAAAUUCAGCUGCCCCAAUGUAUUUUUUUCAGCUAAGAACUGGACGCAACACUAAUAUUGCUUGUACUCGUAGUUCGGCUGUUCGAUCUCAAAUCUGAGCCUCUUUUAUAAACUGCAAAACCCGCCUUUACCAGUUCUUCGGCUACGUCGAUAUCUUCAUGGGAUGUAACGUUAUAUAGAUCAACC